UCCUUUUUUUUCCCCUCGUUUACCCUUUGCGUCUUCUUCCUUCCCAAGCCUCGAUAGUAGGCAGCGACCGCCCCCCUCACCUUUCCCAAAUUAAUUGGCAGACCGCACCACCACCUCCUCCAAUCCCGCCGCCACCGCCUCCUCCCGGAAACCAAGCCGAGCCGCCCGAAUCCUCCUCCGCCCACCCAGCCAAGCGCGUCCCGCUUUAUAGCCCACCCCCACCGGCUCAAGCCCCGCCCCGCCCCCGCGUCCCGCCUCCUCCCGGUCCGCCGCGUCUUGUGGGGGGACGAGAUGGCCGCCGCCGCCGCGUGUAGGCGCGGCCUGCUCCUGCACCACCAGCAGUGGCCGCAACAGUGGGCGGCCGGACCCCGCGUCCGCAGCAUCUCGCAGCUCGUCAAGACCAACGGCCGCCGCGCCUUCCUCGUCGACACCCUCGCCCUGGUGAGGAAGCUGGAGUCGCAGGGUGUGCCGACCAAGCAGGCGGAGGCGAUCACCUCCGCGAUCACGGAGGUCCUCAACGACAGCCUCGAGAGCAUCUCCGAGUCUUUCGUCUCCAAGGCCGAGAUGCAAAAGAGUGAGAUGCUGCAGGAGUCCAAUAUCUCCAAGUUCAAGUCGCAAGUGCAGAGCUUGCAGGAAAACCAUUUCUCUUUGUUACAGCGGGAGACUGAGAAACUUCGUGGAGAUAUUGAUAAGAUGAGGAGUGAACUGAAGUAUGAGAUUGACAAGGUCACUGCAGGGCAGCGGUUGGAUCUGAACCUUGAAAGAGGGCGCAUACGUGAUGAACUCGCCAAGCAGAACGAGGAGACUACUGACCUUACCACAAAGCUUGACAAGGAAAUUCACUCACUGAAAGCCCAGUUGGAGGCAGCAAAGUAUGAUGUCAUCAAAUACUGCAUAGGUACCAUCGUUUCGAUAUCAGCCGUUGGGCUCGCGGUUCUCCGUAUCGUGAUGUGAAGCGAACACGUUCUUUCGUUUACCCAUUCAUCCAUGGAAACCCGCAAGAAGAGGAUAGGUUCUGAUUCUGUUCCUAGUUUUUUGGAGGGGACGAAAUGUCGAGAUGUGGUCAGAGGAAAUGUUGUAACACCUGGUAGGGAGAAGUUGCCCAAACUUGUAAGAUAGAUCGACCCGCGGAUGAAAUACAGCCGCAAUGAUUCGUUACCUGUGCUCGUGCCUCUUGUUGUGGGUUGACAUGUGGCACUUUCCGCUUUGCUGAAGCCAUUGUGGCUUUACCUCGUAUUGUGGAAUCAUUUACUGUGUUGGGCCUCAUAUUGUGUUCGAGGCAUCUAAUCGCACCAACUUGGGCUCCAUUUCUGUUCA